CACGAGCCAGACAACGGCGCGAGCCCGCGGGAAGAGAGUGGCGAGAGCGCGCAGCGAGGACGAGCACCAGAGGAAGGGAGCUUUUAUUGUGAAGUGUGAGCGGAACUUCCGCUGCUGACCUGAGCUCCGGUAACGUUCCGGUACCGAGGGACUGAGCGGUCCAGGAGGAGCAGCCUGCGGACGCUGAGGACUCUGCUCACCGACCGGUUAACGGCGGCGGGAGAGAGUGCCGGUGGAGCGCGAGGAGCAGCUCAUCCGACGGUACUCACCUGCGCACGUGGACAGGAGUCCGGACAACGUCACAAGAUUCACUGUUUCAUCAUUACCGGAGCCACCAGAGCCAAUCACUGCAGAUCAGACCAACUGGGUCGGUUGCUGGAGGAGAAGACUCAACAGUCCAAUUGAUAUUCAGCUACCUGUGGAUGUUAACAUGCCGAAAGCCAAUCGUACAAAAAGAGAGCAAAAACGUCAGGCAAUGCGCCGUGCACGUGAGGCUGAGUCAGCUGAAGCCCGAGAUGCCCGCCGGGCCAGGAACGCUGCACUCCAGGCAAGACUCCGCGCAGCUGAAACCGACUCCCAACGGACCACUCGACUGGCCAGCAAUGCUGCACUCCAGUCAAGGCGCCGCGCAGCUAAAACUAAAAACCAGCAAAGUCGUCGAUUGGGUAGCGACGCCGCCUGUCAUGCGAGGCUUCGAGAUGUUGAAACACCUGAAGUGCGAGCAGCGCGCCAGAUGCAUGACCGUGAACAACACAACCGCCACAGAUGGGAGGAGACACCUCAACAGCAAGAGGAACGACAGGCAAGAGAUGCCCUGUGCCAUCAGGAAAUUCAUCGUGCACGUGUGGAACAGGCACGUAAAAACAAUCCCAACCUCGCUCGGUGUGAUGAUGCAAACUUCUUCCAAGAGAAGCUUCUUCGUUCUCCAGCAGCAGCCUGAAGAGCAACCAGAGCCCCCCGCCAUCGAACAGGAGCAACCAGAGCCCCCCGCCAUCAAACAGGAGCAACCAGAACCCCCCGCCAUCAAACAGGAGCAACCAGAACCCCCCGCCAUCAAACAGGAGCAACCAGAACCCCCCGCCAUCAAACAGGAGCAACCAGAACCCCCGCCAUCGAACAGGAGCAACCAGAGCCUCCCGCCAUCAAACAGGAGCAACCAGAGCCUCCCGCCAUCAAACAGGAGCAACCAGAGCCUCCCGCCAUCAAACAGGAACAGGAGGAGGCCACCGCCCUCCUUCUGCCGCUCAGAGCGCGAUGGUAACACCACCUCCCGUAGCUGUAAAGCUUGUGGCAUGGUGUUCAGCUGCGGCUCACUGAUGAACCACACCGAGAUCCACGCCGCCGACAAGCGCUGCCUCUGCGGCGUCUGCGGCAAACUGCUCCCCGACGGCGAGAGCCUGCUGGAGCACCUCCGGACGCACGUCAAGGUCCACCUCUGCCAGUUAAGUGGCAAAACCUUCUGGCGCUACGUGGAACUGGCGGUGCACACACGCUGCCACACGGACGAGAAGCCGUUCAGCUGCAGCGUCUGCGGGAAGCUCUUCAACAUCGCCUCGUCCAUGAUCCGGACGCACUCCGGAGAGAAACCCUACAGCUGCCCUUCUGCUUCAAAGGCUUCACCAUUUUGGGCUUUUUGACUUUAUUUGAUAGGACAGCUGAAGAUAGACAGGAGAGUCGCAGGCGGGACUCGAACCCACGGCUGCGGCAGAAAGGCCUCACACAGGGCACCAGUUCUACCAGGCGAGCUGUAGGGCGUCAACCACGUCUUUUUAAAGCAGCUACUUAAUUUUAUACAAAAGUUUAUAUUUUAUAUUCUUUAAUGAAUUUUCUGAUGAAUUUCUCUUUCAGAACUUUUUUUUGAAUUUACGAGUUGUUGCUUAGCAACAUAAACAAGGGCUGUUACUGAUGUUAAUGAUAUUACUGUUCACAUUAAAGGGGCCAAAUGCAUAAAACUCUGAUCUGUAGCAACCAACCAGGCAGUGUUACUAGAACCAGAGCGAAUGGAGGAGGUGGAAGAGGAAUGGGUGGAAGCCCGUUGAAGUGGGCUGUCUUUACACCGGGACCUGAAAAGUGGUGACCUGAUCACCUGCGACUGGGUGAACCGGGUGAGGGACCGUCAUUAAGGACACAAACAUUAGUUCUGAUGGAAUAUUUGUUAUGGUUUUGGGUUUUCUGUGGUUAUUUCCUGUUUUAUUUUGUAGUUUUUCUUGUCUUUGUCUUUUCCCCGUUCAGUAUAUAUUACCUGUGUUUCAUUCACACUGUGCCAGCUCUUUGUUCCUCUGUGUGAAGCAUUCAAGCCUUUUUCCUUGUGUUGUCCGUGUUUGGGGCUUUUGUUUGCUUGUGCGGUGUCACCUUCUGCGUACUGUACCUGUUCUCUGGCAAGUAAAGACUAUUCUUUGUAUCAAGA